CCGUCCCUCAGGCUGCCGGCACGGAGCGGAGUCUGCGGGCGGGGGAACCUCCGGUGCUGCUGCUGCUGGGGGAGCUGCCGCAGCAAGGCCCUGGGGUAAAGCUUGUGGUAAAGCUGUUCCCGGAGGGGCCUCUCCAGUGCCCUGUACCAGUUACUCUGACCACAGACUUCGUUUCCUUCUUCAGAAGGAGUGGUGCUGAGGUAACAUCUGAGCACAUCUAGGUGGUGCUUUAGGAGAAGGGAGAGAGAGCAGCCAGGAUGUUUCUCCGAUUGCUGUCUGAUAUCCAGUGGCGGGCGGCUCACCCGAAAUGGAGGAGGAUGACCGGCUCCCAGCGCAGCGCCUCCACCACAGCAGAGCCUCACCCGCUCUCCCUGCCAGCACAGGCACAGGUUGUCAUCUGUGGUGGUGGAAUCAUGGGCACCUCUGUGGCCUAUCACCUUUCCAAGAUGGGCUUUAAGGAUAUAGUCUUACUUGAGCAGGGCAGGUUGGCUGCAGGCACCACUCGAUUCUGUGCUGGCAUUGUGAGCACAGCCAGGCCCAUGUCCAUAGAGCUGAAGAUGGCACACUAUUCAAACAAGCUCUACCAGCAGCUGGAACAGGAGACAGGAGUGCAAACAGGGUACAUGAAGACAGGCUCUAUUUCCCUGGCUCAGACUCAGGACCGACUGAUCUCUCUGAAGCGCAUUGCUUCAUCGCUGAAUGUAAUGGGAAUACCAUGUGAAAUUAUCAGCCCAAAGAAAGUGGCACAGCUCCACCCACUGAUCAACAUCCAUGACCUUGUGGGGGCCAUGUAUGUGCCAGAAGAUGCACUCGUGUCGUCUGCCAACGUGAGUCUGGCUCUGGCAACCGCUGCCUCACGGAAUGGUGUCCAGAUCCACGAGCGGACGAGUGUCAGUCAUGUCACGAUCCAGAAGGGCCGAGUGACCGGAGUCGAGACUGACAGAGGAAGGAUUCAAUGCGAGUUCUUCGUCAACUGUGCUGGCCAGUGGGCCUAUGAGUUGGGCCACUCUGGGGAGGAACCAGUCCAUAUCCCAGUCCAUGCCUGCGAACACUUCUACCUCCUGACACAUCCUUUGCAGGAGCCUCUGUCAAGCAGCUUACCAACUGUUGUGGACCCCGAUGGCAGGAUCUACAUACGCAACUGGCAGGGUGGCAUCCUCUCAGGAGGCUUUGAGAAAAACCCCAAACCUCUCUUCACGGAGGGACGGAACCAGCUGGAGAUCCAGAACCUUCAGGAAGACUGGGAUCAUUUUGGGCCACUUCUGAGUGCCCUCCUGCGCAGGAUGCCGGGUUUGGAGGCUCUGCAGAUCAUGCAGUUGGUGAAUUGCCCAGAGUCCUUCACCCCAGACAUGAGAUGCAUCAUGGGAGAGUCGCCCACUGCACGAGGCUACUUUGUUCUGGCUGGCAUGAACUCAGCUGGCAUCUCCUAUGGUGGGGGAGCAGGCAAGUACCUGGCAGAGUGGAUAGUAAAUGGGUAUCCGUCGGAAAAUGUCUGGCCCUUGGAUCUGAAACGUUUUGGAACCCUUCAGAGCAGCCGCACUUUCCUCCGCCACCGUGUGAUGGAAGUCAUGCCCCUCAUGUAUGAUCUGAAGGUUCCCCGCUGGGACUUCCAGACUGGCCGGCAGCUGCGCACGUCACCUCUGUACGACCGCCUGGACGCGCAGGGAGCCCGGUGGAUGGAGAAGCAUGGAUUUGAGAGAGUCAAGUAUUUUGUCCCGCCUGGGAGUGAUCUGCUGGAUUUGGAUCACAGCAAAACCUUUUACAAACCAGACUGGUUUGAUAUUGUGGGUGCUGAAGUCAAGUGCUGUAAGGAAGCAGUUUGUGUUAUUGACAUGUCAUCUUUUACCAAGUUUGAAAUAAGUUCCACCGGAGACCAGGCCCUGGAGAAUCUGCAGUAUCUCUUCUCAAAUGACCUGGAUGUGCCAGUUGGGCAUGUUGUGCAUACAGGAAUGCUUAAUGAGAAAGGAGGGUAUGAGAAUGACUGCAGCAUAGCCCGGCUCAGCAAGCGCAGCUUCUUCAUGAUUUCCCCUACUGACCAACAAGUUCAUUGCUGGGCCUGGCUGAAGAACCACCUGCCUGAUGACAGCAACCUGGUCCUAGAGGAUGUGACCUGGAAGUACACAGCUCUCAAUCUGAUUGGCCCCCGUGCUGUGGAUGUCUUGUCAGAGUUGUCCUAUGCCCCAAUGACUGCAGAACACUUCCCCUCUCUUUUUUGCAAGGAGAUGAGCGUGGGCUAUGCUAAUGGCAUCCGUGUCAUGAGUAUCACUCACACAGGAGAACCUGGCUUCGUGCUUUAUAUCCCCAUAGAGUACGCCCUGCACGUGUACAAUGAGGUGAUGAACAUGGGGCAGAAGUACGGCAUCCGGAACGCCGGUUACUACGCGCUCCGCAGCCUGCGCAUUGAGAAGUUCUUUGCCUUCUGGGGCCAGGAUCUGGAUGCUUUUACUACUCCUAUGGAGUGUGGACGCGAGUUCCAGGUCAAGCUGGAUAAGGGAAUGGAGUUUCUUGGCCAGGAAGUGCUGCUGGAACAGAAGCAGAACGGGGUGUACAAGCGCUUUACCAUGUUCAUUCUCGAGGACCAUGACACGGAUAUGGACCUCUGGCCCUGGUGGGGGGAGCCCAUUUUCCGCAACGGCCGCUACGUGGGCAAGACCACCAGCAGUGCCUACAGCUACACCCUGGAGCGCCACGUGUGCCUGGGCUUCGUGCACCACUUCGACGAGCAGACGGGAGAGGAGCUGGUGGUGACCACUGACUUCAUCAACCAGGGGGAGUUCGAGAUCGACAUUGCCGGGCAGCGCUUCCAGGCCAAGGCCAAGCUCUACCCCUUCAGCUCCCUCUUCGCGCAGCGGCGCCGCAAGGAUGACGUGGAACUGAGUGGCUACCAGAGGGAGUAGUGCUGUGUAGACUAGACCUGCCCCUUGUCCCGAGCUGGAGUCUUCUCCCACCAUCUUCCAGCCCUUUCUCCUCACCUCAUAUAUUUCUUUCUUUUCCUUUCUUGUCUUGCAACUUUUAAACUUUUUCCAGUGUGUUACAUUUUGUAUAUUUUAAAACUUUCAUUUUCGAGCUUUCCCAACCCUGUCUGUCUCCCUCCUUCAACCCUUGCCAGGCUCCCUCGUGCCCCAGUGGAUGAAGCACAGUGCUGAACAUGCAGAGAUGCCUGUGUAGGAGUGAACCCCACCAAAGGCCCUGGCCUUCUAGUGAUGGGAAGGGUUGGGGUGAAUCCCUGAAGACUGCACCCUUCCUCUCUCCUCUCCAGCAUAAGGCAUGGGACAGCAGGUCUUUGCUGCCUGUGGUUCAGGUGAUGGCUGACCUCACCCUGCUCUCCACAUACCACAUGUUAGAGGGGUUGGUGUGUUGAUGCACAUGGCAAUAGAACGAUCAGCUACCUCACUGGCAUGAGACAAAGCAUUGUGUGAGCACAGCCUAGAGCCUAGAGACAGGUUUUGGUGUUGCCCAGCCUGUCACUGCCCUCCUUUGUCCACCACUUUGGUUUUUCCCUAGCAGGGAGUAGAUUUAACAUCAGAGUAUUGAGAUGACAGUAGUGUUGGUAAGUGCAUUGUUGGUGGGAUUGAAUUUUUUUGUGUGGGGUCACUGAAAGUAAAUGGCCUUCUAUAAAUAUAGUCAAAGAUCAAAAUGUGCAUUUCACUUCUAUAAAGGAAUGUUGUUUUUUCUUUUUUAUUAGCAAGAAUACAGAUUUCUAACAAGGAUAGAUGUUAGUGUUUAAUGUUAAAUAGCAGUGUUGAAAUGCUGCUUCUGUUUAAGCUGCACAAUAUACAGUCUCUUUGGGAAUUGUCUUUCACUUUGUUUAUGUGACUUGGUCAAACUCAUCUGGCAAGGUUCACGGAGAACUUAUGUUGAUUUGGGGAACUUGAGCAGCAGGAGGGGAUAUUUUCUUGCAGUUUUAGCUGCCUGUGGUUAUUUUGAAAUUGUAGUAAAAGACACAGCAUUUGUCUCACCUGUGAUGUGAGAAACACUGGGUUUUCUGUUGGGGGUGAGAAGAGGUCUCAGCAGCUCCUGCUGGACUCAAGAAUUUGUCUUCUGUUUUUCUCCUCAAAUCUGUUGCACUUCUUUGUCUCUCAGUAGUACCUCAGCUGAAGGGGUUGAAUAAGGGAGUGAAGGGAGCAUGGUAGUGGGAUUAUAAAGUGCUUUUCUUCAGUACUGCUCUUUGCAUCUGGCUUCUCAUACAGAUAUUCCAGAUGGUGCAGCUGGAAAUUCACCCCUUCUUCAGGUGUCAAAAUGUGCCAGUUCAAUCACUGAUGGUAAAUGGUAAAGAAAUGGGGCAAUGCUGAAUUGCCUUGUGCACAUUUGCAUCAUCUUCUUCAUCUUUUGAGCACAAUCAAAAACCAAGACGCUUUUUAUUUACUUGAAAAAGAUCUGUUAAAUGUGUUCCCUGCCUCAGAUACCACAUACUUCUCAUGGUCUUUCUUCUUCAGCAUCUGUUUUGGACUUCAAACACAGCCUUGCACUGUUGUCUGCCCCGUUAGCUAUGUGAACACUUUCUCUAUGGUCUAAAACCACUUUUGGACACUUUAUUUUCCAGUUAAAUGGUGAGCAUCAGUAGUGUAAAUAUGAGCCCAAAAGCUCCCCUGAUUCUUGUUUUAAGUUUGCUUUCUGCUGCUUUAGUUGCUUUAAGCUGUGCCUUCAGUUGGGUCUGUGGCUGCCAGUUCAGGAAACUGUAAGGGAAUUUAGGAUUUGAGCAUAUGGUAUAUAGUAGGUUGAAUGUAGAUAUCACUUCUCUGAGCAUGCCUUCCUUUGUCUGGGGUGAGUUCCACUGAAAUGUGUGGCUUCUUCCAGGAUUUCAAACCUAGUUCUGAAUUGAGAUGCACAGUUCUCCAGUUUCUGAAAAGGAGUAACCACACUGGGGCAGCUUUUUGAGAUCUGGCAGCUCAGAGUACUCUCUGCAGCUGCUGUAGGCGAGAUUCCGCCUGCUUGUCAUUUCUGCCAAAUUCCCCUAUUAUUGCUCUCUGAACUGAAAUUUGCCUGAUAUGUUAGAAUUAAUCACUUAAAUGAAAGGUUCACAAAGCAUCUAAUAGCAGUUUAAACUCUAUAAUUAGUUGCAUAUCUUUUCUGCUUAGAGAGAUACCAUGAUCCCACUGUUCCCAUGCUGGACGUGUGUACCAGGGAGGACCUUGGUCCUUGUCUGUUGGUCUUAUGGGACACUGCUUUGCCUUCCUUAUCCAUGGAAAUAGGCAUUCAAACAAAGAAAGAGUUUUGUGUGUGAUAUUUAGGAUGUGGAGUAGCCCUUCUGCU